AUGUCAGCAGCCGCCGAGGUCGGAGUCGACGACCAUGACAAUGAAUCAGGAUAUGGCGAUGAGGGUUCAACGACAAGCUGUUCAAUUGAGAGCUAUGUAUACAGAUACGAGGAGAAAUAUGGGCGAACGUAUCACAAUUAUAACCCAGGGUCAUACAUCUAUCCCAACGAUGAGAGGGAGCAAGAUCGUCUCGACUUGGUCCACCAUAUUUGCACGCUCAGGCUCGACGGUCGUCUUUUUCUCGCACCCAUCGAAUCCGAUAAGCGUAGUCUGGACGUCCUCGACAUUGGCACUGGAACCGGCAUAUGGGCCAUUGAUUUUGGAGAUGAGUAUCCCGGUGCCUCCGUCUUUGGCGUCGAUCUCAGUCCCAUUCAGCCGGUUUUUGUACCGCCGAACGUGCGUUUCCACGUUGACGAUGUUGAACAAGACUGGAAGGGUUCGAACUAUGAUUUCAUCCAUUGCCGCUACAUGGCUGGCUCCAUCGCCGACUGGCCGGCGUUGGUUGGCCGAAUCUAUAGUCAUUUAAAGCCGGGUGGUUGGGCGGAGCUUCAGGAAACCAUCAACACACUUUACUCAGAGGACGACAGUCUAAAAGCCGACAAUGCACUCGUCCGAUUGAUGGACAACCUGAAGAUGGCCCAUGCCAAAAUUGGCCGCAUACUGGAUCCUGCUCCUAGCUUUAAGAUAUGGCUGGAGCGGGCCGGUUUCCACCACGUUAAGGUGCAGAAAUUCAAGCUUCCAGUAGGUAUGUGGCCUAAGGACGAACGACUAAAGGAUAUCGGGGCCUGCAUGGCCCAAAACUUCGUUGAUGGUGUUGAUGCCUUCACAGCUAAGCCUUUUAGGGACACUCUUGGUUGGCCAGCGGAGCAGGUGGAGGUUCUGAAUAUGUUAGUCCGACGUGCCGCAAGAAAUAAGAGUGUCCACGCUGUCUUUGACUUCGUUGUGGUUACAGCGCAGAAACCAUACACAACAACGCAUUCCUAG